CUCCAGGAGACAAGAUGGCGCCGCCUGCUGAGCUUCCCACGCGCUGUUUCCGGUCGCUCACGGAAGUGCGAGUCCCACACGCGGCCGACGCUGCCGGCCGUUGCCCGCGGAGAGGGGCUUCUUCAUACCGCGUCUUGCGGGCGGCUCAGCAACCAGCAUGUCUAACAGAAACAAUAACAAGCUGCCCAGCAACCUGCCACAGUUACAGAAUCUGAUCAAGCGGGAUCCGCCCGCCUACGUCGAGGAGUUUCUACAGCAGUAUAAUCACUACGAAUCCAAUGUGGCGGUUUUUAAAUUACAACCAAAUAAACCUAGCAAAGAACUGGCAGAGCUAGUGAUGUUUAUGGCACAGAUUGGUCACUGCUACCCAGAACAUUUAAGUAACUUUCCCCAAGAGCUGAAAGAUCUUCUCUCCUACAAUCACACUGUCUUGGAUCCAGAUCUUCGAAUGACAUUUUGCAAAGCUUUGAUCUUGCUGAGAAAUAAGAAUCUCAUCAAUCCAUCAAGUUUGCUAGAACUUUUCUUUGAACUUCUGCGUUGCCAUGAUAAGCUUCUGCGAAAGACUUUAUACACACAUAUUGUCACUGAUAUCAAGAAUAUAAAUGCAAAACACAAGAACAAUAAAGUGAAUAUUGUGUUGCAGAAUUUCAUGUAUACCAUGUUAAGAGAUAGCAAUGCAACUGCAGCCAAGAUAUCUUUGGAUGUGAUGAUUGAACUCUACAAAAGAAACAUCUGGAAUGAUGCCAAAACUGUCAAUGUGAUCACAACGGCAUGUUUCUCUAAGGUCACCAAGAUAUUAGUUGCUGCUUUGACAUUUUUCCUUGGGAAAGAUGAAGAGGAGAAACAGGACAGCGACUCAGAAUCCGAGGAUGAAGGACCAACAGCAAGAGACCUGCUAGUGCAGUAUGCCACGGGGAAGAAAAGCUCCAAAAACAAGAAAAGGUUGGAAAAGGCUAUGAAAGUGCUCAAGAAACAAAAAAAGAAGAAGAAACCAGAGGUGUUUAACUUUUCAGCUAUUCAUCUGAUUCAUGAUCCCCAAGAUUUUGCAGAAAAAUUAUUAAAACAACUAGAGAGCUCUACGGAGAGGUUUGAGGUGAAAAUGAUGCUCAUGAACCUCAUCUCCAGAUUGGUGGGAAUUCAUGAGCUUUUUCUCUUCAACUUCUAUCCCUUUGUACAAAGAUUUCUGCAGCCCCACCAAAGAGAAGUAACAAAGAUCCUUCUGUUUGCUGCCCAAGCAUCUCAUCACUUAGUACCCCCAGAGAUCAUUCAGUCAGUGCUCAUGACUGUGGCCAACAAUUUUGUCACCGACAAGAAUUCUGGGGAGGUCAUGACAGUAGGAAUCAAUGCUAUAAAAGAAAUAACAGCUCGAUGUCCUCUAGCCAUGACUGAAGAACUUCUCCAAGACCUAGUUCAGUAUAAAACACACAGAGAUAAGAAUGUGAUGAUGUCUGCUAGAACUUUGAUUCAGCUCUUCCGAACACUGAAUCCUAAGAUGUUGCAGAAGAAAUUCCGGGGCAAGCCUACAGAGGCCUCCAUAGAAGCAAGAGUGCAAGAAUAUGGAGAAUUAGAUGCUAAAGAUUACAUUCCAGGAGCAGAAGUUCUAGAAGUUGGAAAAGAAGAGAAUGCUGAAAAUGUUGAAGAUGGGUGGGAAAGUACCAGUCUCAGUGAGGAGGCAGAUGCUGAUGGUGAGUGGAUUGAUGUGCAUCAUUCUUCUGAUGAAGAGCAGCAAGAAAUAUUCAAGAAGCUCAACGGGAUGCCCAUGGAGGAGCGGAAAGCCAAAGCUGCAGCCAUUAGCACGAGCCGAGUUCUAACUCAGGAAGACUUCCAGAAAAUCCGCAUAGCCCAAAUGAGGAAAGAACUCGACGCUACCCCAGGGAAAGCCCAAAAGAGGAAAUAUAUUGAAAUAGAUAAUGAUGAGGAGCCCAGGGGUGAGUUACUUUCUCUUCGGGACAUUGAACGCCUUCAUAAAAAGCCAAAAUCUGACAAGGAGACAAGACUAGCAACAGCAGUGGCUGGAAAGACAGACCGAAAAGAAUUUGUGAGGAAGAAAACCAAAAUGAACCCAUUUUCCAGUUCCACAAAUAAAGAGAAGAAAAAACAGAAGAACUUUAUGAUGAUGCGAUAUAGCCAUAACGUCCGGUCAAAAAACAAGCGUUCCUUCCGAGAAAAGCAGCUGGCACUACGAGAUGCACUUUUGAAAAAGAGAAAAAGAAUGAAGUAACCUCCGAGCAAGUCUUCCAUUCCAAGAAGAAUGCUAAAUUUGUAUCAUUAUUUUGAAAAUUAGUUAAUCAAGCAUGUUUACAUUAAAAAGUCCUGAAGGUACCAUAUUGUGAAAAACACAGUAAAUUUGGUAGCAAUUCAGUAUUUCUGUUUUGGAGUUGGGUAAUGGGAAUCUUUGGAAUGUUAACCAGUAGUGGUGUUGUAAACGCAUUUUCAUUUAGCAUUCAUGCAAAGAAAAAUAUUGUUGGAUGCCUACUGAAUGUCACUGUAGAUAUAAAAAUGAAUGAGCCAUCACCCCUCACAGAAGGCAUUCACAGCCUAUUUGGCAAAUUGGAGGGGGCGGAUGUGUAUUGUAUGUGUAUUUAUGUGCAGUGUAAAUAGUUCUCUAGUAAAGAUAGGUCUGUGCUUCUCUGGGGUCACAGAGGCUUCUACAGGGCAUAAGAGUUCAACAUUUUCUCAACAGGACAAUGUUACAAGAGUAAGAGAUUCUUACUUGUAUAUAGGCUUACCUGCUAAAAAACAGGUCCCUGCUGUACAGAUUUUAUGUCGCCAAUUUAGGUCUAAUUUAGUCCAUCCAAAAAAGUUUACAUAUCUUUUUGAAUGCCAGGUACAGGCUUUUUGACUAAGACCUCGCUUUUUAAAUUGCCUUAAGUAUAAAUAGGAAUCUUAGAGUGUCUUUAGUUCGUCAUUUGGGCCACCAUAAAGGAAUAAGAAAUCAGAUUGGUUUCCUCAGCCUGUCUUCAUGCUCUAGUAUUUUUAGCUUGCUGUAUGCUUUAUCUCAAUAAAAGGUUCCUAAUGUCAGAUAGGUACUAUUGUGUGUGUUAAGUGCCAUGUUAGGCUCCCUCCCCUAAGCAUGUCUGAGUGGAUUUCAAGGGACACAGAGCCAUGGUCAGCCUCUCUGUUUGCAAGUCAUUGCAUUUGGAAGUAGUCUGAUGCUUUUGCCUUUGAUUUCCUAGAUCAUAUUGUGGUAGAUGAGAAAAUUGUUGCUUGAGAGUAAAAGGCAAUUUUCUGUCUACCCAGAAUUAGAAAGUAGCUUCGAAAACUACUUCUCUAAUUCACUUUCGGUGUUCACUUUUCCACUCCAAGUCCAAAAGACUUUUGGUUUUAUUUUGAAACUUUGUGACCUUCCCCAAAGAUGCCCCAGCUCGCUAGAGAUUAGUUGUGAAAAUCUUGAAGUUUAACAUUGAAAUUACACUGGCUUGGUGAGAGGAGUUCUGAGUUAACUUCAGCAACUUCAUUGUUUAACAGGAAGUGUCCAGUGCAAAUUUGAAUAUUUCAGACCUGAAACUUCUCUCUCUCUCUCUCUCUCUCUCUCUUGUUUGCAUUUUUGAACUGGGUGUCUCCUCAAGAGAGGUAAAUAAAAUUCAAAAUGGCAUAGCAGCUAGGGUUCACAGCUUUUGCUGCAUGACUUGUGAUGGUGUCUGGAAGUCAUCCUUCCUUUGGACUUUCCCACUCCACUUAGAGGCCAGGAGGCCAAAGUCCAUUCUGUGCUCUGACUUCUGUACUACUGUGGCUUCACCUUGCUCUUAACUGAGGUUUAUAUGCAAAGUAGAAAAAUAUCUCAUUUAAAAAGGUGAAAGUCUUAACUCUUAUUUCUCAAAUGCAUAGUAUCUUAAUUCUACCCAAUUUCCUAAUAAAGGAAAUCUUAGAAAUCUUCUCUUGUGAAUAUUUACUAUAAAUUUGAAGAUCAGAUUUUCACAAGGUUGGAUGCUGUCAACAAAGGCAGAGUGGUCUUUCAGGGUCACUUUUACCUUAAAGUGAUCAUCAGAGUCUGAGCAUCAGCUUUGCAAUCUCCUUUUUUUUUUUUUUUUUUUUUGUCAGUACUAAGAAUGGAUCCAUUUCACGGAUGAGCUCCCAUUUCCGGGCUCAUAACUUAUAUAUAAAGUGAUGUGUAAUUCUAGGAUGCUGAUGUAUUUUGUAUGUGAUCUCAGCAGAGUCAUGAAAUGCAGAGUCUGUUCUCUGCUCUAUCACUAGUGCUAGUUCAGUGCCCAGGAUGUUAGUUGCUCAGCAAGUAUUUGAAUAUGUGAUUUAUUUCCAGUCAGUUCUCUCUGUAAAUAUAAGACCACCUACCUCAUUGAUUGAGAAUUCUGAGAAUGUUAGCAUUUAGUAAAUUUCUCAUCAAAGAUUAGCAAUGUUAAGUUUUUGUUUUAUUUUUUGUUUAAUCUUCAUGAAAUGAAACAACAGUUACAGUUGCUACAACUAUUUGCUUCACCCUUCAUCCAUUUUGGGGGGAAUUAGUUUGAAAUCUAAAAACAUAUAUUGAAUGCUCAAUGUGUGGGUUGCAAACACAAUGUUUGUGCCAUAUGGAAACCUUCAAUCCAGUUAAGAAAUAGGCUUACAAAAAUGACUAAUGUAAUAAAAGGCUGCUUAUGGAGCUAUCAGAAAAAAGGUGCAGCAUAGGGCUGAGAGCAUCCUAAAAAGGGAAGUUCAGCUGGCAGGAGGGUGAAAUGGCUAUUUGCUAACAAAUUGAUGCAUAUGAUGAGCAGGAAAGCAGUAGGAAAUCUAUUCCUGAAUCAGAAAAGUUAUGGUUUAAAAGGUGGUAUAAUUUCUGAAAAGUUAUAGUUAAUAUAAAUUUUGUUUUCAUUACCUCAUAUUCUAAUUCUUUGAAAAUGUAUGUAUUUAAAGUGUCACAUGGCAACCCAGAUUGUUUAGAAUAUUCUGUUCUUCAAACCAUUUUAGAUAAAUAGAUUUUAAGCUUUGUUACCAAGAAUAAUAAGGUUCUAUCAGUGACAUCCUUUCAUAGCAUAAAAUAAAACUAAAAAUUAACUAUUGUUUAUUUUUUUUAAUGAGAUUUUAAAAAUAUCAUGAAAAUGAAUAGAAAAGUAAGGCACUGACAUGGAGCUUUUUCUCUUUUAUAAGGAAAUAAACUUUUCUCUCCUAGUUCAA